CGGAGCCCGGAGCUGCGAGACAAGAGACGGGACCCGGCGCGGGACCGGCCUCCUGCUCAGCAGCCAGCCGGAGCCCUGCCAGCAUAAUUAUGGCAGAUUUUUCAGAGUCAGAAGGAGCUGGAAAUUGGAAAGAAAGAUGUGUAACUCUGGAGUCACAGCUGAUGAAAUUUCGUCUCCAGGCAAGCAAGAUCAGAGAGCUGUUAGCAGAGAAGAUGCAACAACUUGAGAGACAAGUUAUUGAUGCAGAUCGUCAAGCAGAGAGAGCUUUUCAGCAGGUGCAGAUUAUGGAAGAGAAAUUAAAAGCAGCUAAUGUUCAGACUAGCGAAUCGGAGACCAGGUUGUAUAAGAGGUGUCAAGAUCUGGAGACUCUGGUACAGGAGAAAGAUGACAUUAUUCAAAACUUGGAGCAACAACUUGAAGAACAGAAGCAAAUCAGAAUACAAGAGGCAAAAAUCAUAGAAGAAAAAGCAGCUAAAAUAAAAGAAUGGGUGACAGUCAAGCUCCAUGAGUUAGAGGUAGAAAAUCAGAACCUUCGCUUGAUCAACCAAAACCAAAAUGAAGAGAUGAGAACAAUGCAGUCUAAACUGCAAGAAAUUAUGGGGAAGAAAUGUGUCCCUUCAACACAUAAACCUGGGGAAGGCCAGCGACUAAGCAGUUUGACUUUUGGAUGCUUUUUGAACAGAGCAAGAAGUCCUCAGCAAGCUAUUAAAUUUGAUGAAAUAAACAAAUCAUCAUGUAAAGAAUCAGAAUUAAGCGACGGUAAUAACAUAUUAGAGAAAAAAAUCCAGCAAACAUCUCUUGCUGCUCUUGCACAUGAGAGCAAUAAAGGUCAGAGGUCAUUACAACAAAGCUCCUGUGGAUCAGAACAAAAUAAAAAUACAAGAACAAGCUAUUCAUCAAAAGAUAUAGAUAGUAGUAUUUCAAAGAACUCAUGCAUUACAGGAAGUGACUGGAGCUCAGAUGAGGAUGAAGGAGGUAAUAAAAGACCAAAAUCCAGGCGUGCAUCUACCCUUUCAAGUCAGACAUCUGAAGAAAGCACAAGAUACAGCAGAAUUGGGAGUGAAAUGUAUUUGACAGCAUCUGACGAUAGUAGUUCUUUAUUUGAAGAGGAGAGUUUUGCAGUUCAGAGAUCCGAGCACAAAAAGCUGUAUUCCUGGCAGCAAGGAUCUCAGCGGAAAAGUCAGAACAAUCCACUUGGAAAGAGCAAUUCUGAGGCCUUACAUAGAAAAGACCAAGAUAGCUCUUCAGAUGAACUGAAUAAGAAAUUUCAGUCUCAGAGAUUAGAUUAUUCAUCAUCAUCCAGUGAAGCAAAUACCCCAAGUCCAAUUUUAACCCCUGCUCUAAUACCUAAGCAUCCAGUCGUGACAUCUUCAACAGAUUCUCAGUGUGUGACACAAUCAAAUUCUCCAUCAAAUUUGCCACCUCCAAAGUUGCGGACUCCCAACGUUUUUAGUAUAAGUGUAGCAUUGGCAAAAAAGCACUUAAGCCAACCCCAGCUGAGUUCUGACAGAAUGUUUGAUAGAAAUAGAAAUGCUAUAAGCAUGAUACGGCCCUUGAGACCUCAGGAAACAGACAUCGACCUGGUGGAUGGGGAAAAUACUGACAUUUUAGAGAAAAUGGAGAUUGAUUAUGAUGGAGCAUUUACCUAUGACUCUUUUGAGGCACAGAGUGCAGAAGACCAGGAGUCCAGUGAUAUAACAAGGAAGGCAAUUAGCAACAAACCCCCUACUCCUCCUCUGCAUCGAUUCCCCUCCUGGGAAAGCAGAAUUUAUGCUGUAGCCAAGUCAGGUUUACGAAUGUCUGAAGCUUUCAACAUGGACUCUUUUAACAAAAGUACUGCUUCUAUAACUUCGUAUACCAUAUCUGGACUAUACACUUCUUUGAUAUACAACAACAUGACCACUCCAGUCUACACAACUCUGAAAGGGAAAGCAACUCAAAUAAGCAACAGACCAUUCUUAGAUGACUCUUCGGGAUCAGAGGAAGAAGACAGCUCCCGAUCCAGCUCACGAACCUCAGAAUCAGACUCUCGAAGUAGAAGUGGCCCAGGUAGCCCCAGGGCCAUGAAACGAGGUGUGUCUUUGUCUUCUAUGACCUCAGAAAGCGACUAUGCUAUUCCCCCUGAUGCCUACUCAACAGAUACAGACUAUUCAGAGCCAGAGCAGAAACUCCCUAAAACCUGUUCCUCAUCUAGUGAUAAUGGAAAAAAUGAGCCAUUGGAAAAAUCUGGAUAUUUGUUAAAAAUGGGUGGCAAAGUAAAAACCUGGAAACGCCGAUGGUUUGUGCUCAAAGGUGGUGAGUUAUUGUACUACAAAUCUCCGAGUGAUGUAAUUCGAAAGCCACAAGGUCAAAUUGAGUUAAGCGUAUCCAGCCACAUUGUAAGAGGUGAUGGAAAACAAACAGUUCAGUUGAUCACAGAAAAACGAACAUACUACCUGACUGCAGAUUCUCCCAACAUCUUAGAAGAGUGGAUCAAAGUACUGCAGAAUGUUCUUAAAGUGCAGGCUGCUAGUCCACUUUUCAUACAGCCUGAUGUGAAGCCAGCCAUGAAAGGAUUGCUGACCAAGGUGAAACAUGGAUACUCCAAAAGAGUGUGGUGUACUCUGGUUGGAAAAACUCUUUACUAUUUCCGUAGUCAAGAAGAUAAGUUUCCUCUGGGUCAAAUCAAGCUUUGGGAGGCUAAAGUUGAAGAAGUUGACAGGUCGUGUGAUUCAGAUGAAGAUUAUGAGGCCAGUGGUCGCAGUCUAUUAUCAACACAUUAUACCAUUGUUAUCCAUCCUAAAGAACAAGGACCUACCUAUCUUCUUAUAGGAUCCAAACAUGAAAAGGACACUUGGCUUUAUCACUUGACGGUGGCUGCUGGGAGCACCAAUGUAAAUGUUGGAUCAGAAUUUGAACAGCUUGUUUGCAAACUGUUAAAUGUGGAAGGGGAGCACACCUCUCAAAUUUGGAGACACCCUACUCUUUGUCACAGCAAAGAAGGAAUUGCUUCCCCUCUUACAACACUGCCAUCAGAGGCCCUGCAAACUGAAGCAAUUAAAUUAUUUAAGACCUGCCAGUUGUUUAUAAAUGCUGCAGUUGACUCUCCUGCCAUUGAUUACCAUGUAUCUUUGGCCCAGAGUGCUUUGCAGAUCUGCCUCACACAUCCAGAGCUUCAAAAUGAGAUCUGCUGCCAGCUCAUUAAGCAGACAAGACGUCGACAUCCACAGAACCAGGCAGGACCAAUACAGGGUUUGCAGCUGUUAGCUCUCUGUGUUGGACUAUUCCUUCCUCAACACCCAUUCCUUUGGCUCCUCAAACUUCAUUUAAAGAAGAAUGCCGAUUCCAGAACUGAAUUUGGGAAAUAUGCAAUUUACUGUCAGCGAUGUGUUGAGAGAACCCAGCAGAAUGGGGACCGAGAAGCAAGGCCAUCAAGGAUGGAAAUCCUUUCAACCCUUCUAAGAAAUCCCUACCACCACUCGUUGCCAUUCAGUAUUCCAGUUCAUUUCAUGAAUGGUAUAUACCAGGUUGUUGGAUUUGAUGCCUCCACCACAGUGGAAGAAUUUCUGAACACCCUUAACCAGGACACAGGAAUGAGAAAACCAGUCCAGUCAGGAUUUGCAUUAUUUACUGAUGAUCCUUCUGGCAAGGAUAUAGAGCACUGUCUUCAAGGAAACAUCAAGAUCUGUGACAUUAUUUCUAAAUGGGAGCAGGCCUCCAAAGAACAGCAUCCUGGGAAAUGUGAAGGCACAAGAACUGUGCGUCUUACAUAUAAAAACAGGCUUUAUUUCUCAGUUCAAGUCCGUGGGGAGACAGACAGGGAAAAGCUGCUGUUAAUGUAUCAGACAAAUGAUCAGAUAGUAAAUGGACUUUUCCCUAUCAACAAAGAACUGGCACUGGAAAUGGCAGCUCUUUUAGCUCAGGUGGAGAUUGGGGACUUCGAAAGACCUUUCUCAACUCCAGCAGGGCAAGUUACUUCUCCCUCCAAGUCCAAUCAGACAUUGAAACAUGUAGUGGAGAGAUUUUACCCAAAGAGGUAUAGGCAUGGCUGUUCAGAAGAACAGUUAAGACAGCUUCGUCAGCGAUUAUCAACUAGAUGGAUGGCUCUCCGGGGGCACAGUGCUGCAGAUUGUGUGCGCAUUUAUCUCACAGUAGCCAGAAAGUGGUCAUUCUUUGGUGCUAAAAUGUUUGCGGCAAAACCUCUAACAACAUCCACACUUGAGAGUUCCUACGUAUGGCUUGUUGUACAUGAAGAUGGCAUAAGCAUUCUAGAAUACAGCUUUCUGCGAUUAAUAAUUACAUAUGUACACAAAAGUCUGAUGACCUUUGGAGGCUACCAAGAUGACUUUAUGCUGGUAGUUAACAAUGCUCAGUCAAAAGACAAGCCAAACGAAAAACUCCUUUUUGCCAUGGCAAAACCAAAGAUUCUUGAGAUCACUCUACUGAUUGCCAGCUAUAUUAACCACUUCCAUCAGCAAAAGGGGGCUGCUCAUCAUCUCUCUGCUCCAGCACUGCUCUCGCCUCAAACAGGACAAAAAACCAAGGAAAUGGGGAGUCAGCCGCUUCUUUCGAACAGCAGACCAACCAAAGGUCCUACUUUGUUAUGAAAGGAACAGAUACCUAUGAAAAUGUAUGCUUUUGGUAUGCUUCCUAUAUUGACUGAACGUCUUUAGAUGUGCCAGAUAUACAUCGUAUGCUAGUUUGUAAUACAAGAAAGGUGGACUAGUUUCCAUUCAUUUUAGUUAAAGAGGGCCCUCUUAAAACUCUGCAAACAAAUUGCAGGUGGGGCGAUUACCCUAUCAGAUGAAGCUCACCCCAUUUCUGAACACGGGUUCAAAAAUACUUCCAAAGAGGCAGGGCCGGCUCUAGGUUUUUUGCUGCCCCAAGCAAAAAG